AUGAACUUGAACUUCAAGCUGAAGGGAGUCCAUGACUCCCAGUGCUCCCAGCCAUCAUUCAAUUUCUCCUCCAAGCUCACCAUCAUUAGUUUCUACAAUAGAAUCAGUAGUCACUGGUGGAUAGACUCAAAUUUGAAAAUAAUAGCAGCCCACACCACAUCAGAUGAUGAGAUGUUUCCUCCAACACCUAAUUCCAAGAUUUCAUUCCAUAUUGCUAAUAACGGAACUGGGCUGCAGACUCUAAGUUGUUCUCUUGAGAGCAAAUAUGGCGAUCUUCCCCAUCGCAGGACUGCGUCCUUUGAAGACCAAUGUCUUUUUGACCGAUUGUCAGGCUGGUCUGUUGAUUUCAAUGACACAUCAGAAGCCAUCAGCAAGAGCGUAGGAAUUGUUUCGAACAUGUCUCUUAGUUCUGAUAACCUUAGCCUAAGCUCUUUCCAAUGUGUUGUCCACUAUCUGGAAGCCGUUCAUGAACGUCACCGCAUGCUUUACCACGCCACAUGUUGGGAAGUCUCGGAACACGAAAGGCGGGAAGCUCUCGCCCAUGUCAUGCGCGAAGAUUCAAAAAGGGACUACUUGAAGGCAGAGCAAGAAGUGCAGUUUCUACUGGAUAUCUUGGGUCAAUGCGUGGCAUUGUCCCAUCAACCCGUUGCAAAUUUCUCUGCCCAAGUGUGCAACCACAGCAAGACUUCUAGAUGCACCCUGCGGAUAACUGAGCUUGUCCAGAAUGUAGAUGACCAUUUGUGA